AUGGGUGAGUUUGAUCGAUGGUCAAACAUUCAUCAAGAUUUGUUAAACGAAAUUACUAAGGGGUUCUAUUCAUAUGACAAUUACAUUCGACUUCGAUUAAUUUGUGAGCAAUGGAACUUGAAACUUCCGAAAAUUCCUGAUGGCAACAAAGUUCCGUGGCUGGUACUAUCUAUGGGCAGUGCUGCUACAGAAUCUUUUGAAGAAGAAGCUCAUGCUCUUGAAGAAGAAGUUCGUGCUCCCGAAGAUGAAGGAAUUUUUGACACUCGUAGUCUCGAAGAGAAGGGGAUUUACCACCUCAUGUUACCAAAUAUGCAAGACAACCGCAUGUGUGGUUCUUGUCAUGGAUGGCUGAUCAUUGUAAUGGUAUAUGAAGGUACGAUAAGAAUGUUAAAUCCAUUUACAAAGGUUCACUUGGAUCUUCCUCCAGUUUCAACUCUUCCAAAUAUAAUUAAUAUUAAUGGGGAUGAAUGUACUAUGUAUUGUGGGGACAAAAUUAUCACUAGAAAUACUAUUUUCAUGCAUGAAAUCCAAAUUUUGAAGGCUAUUAUAAAUUCAGCUCCUAACAAUGACGAUGACAGUAAUUUUAUAGCAGUGGUCAUAUAUGGAUCAUUACUAGAAUUGGCCUUUUACAUGCCAAACGAGAAUAGAUGGAUUAGAUUUCCAACAAAAGAUCUAGACGACGUUCAUGAUGUCAUAUUUUUUGAAGAGAAAAUAUUUGCAGUAGAUGGUAAUGGCCAACUAUAUGAAUUUGAUACAAGAACAAAGUCAGGACCAGUGGGAGGAAAACAUGAAGCCACACCACCUCCAUCCAAUGGAAUGUAUAAUUGUUAUUAUCUAAUUGGAGGUGAUAAUGGAAGUUUAUUGAUGCUGGUAAGAGGGGCAAAAGAUAGGUAUUGCAUGAAGAAUUAUAAGUGGUUGGGCGAGACUGUCAAAUUUGAUAUCUAUGAAUUGAAAAAAAAUGAGAAAACAUGGUCAAGAAUACACAGUUUGGGGAAUUACAUACUACUAAUUGGACUCAAUUCUUCUGUUCAAAUACUGCCAAGUAAUUCUUUGAAUUGUAAAGGAAAUCAAAUCUACUUGCGUGAAGUGUGCUUUGAAGACACUACUCCCUCUUAUGAGAUUGUCAUCUUCGAUUUGGAAGAUGGAAGUUUCCAAACAUUUUUAACAGAGGUAAACUUUUUCUGUCAUCCUAUUUGGAUAUUACCCUAG